AUGCAUCUCCUCCAGAUCUACACGUUGGCAAUUGCUUGCUCCCCAUUAGCCUCAGCAUGGGGCAAUCUCGAGCAGCGCCAGGCCUCUACACAGAGCCUGAUCGAUGCGCUGGGCAACUAUACCGACCUCUCAAGCUUCCAGUCAAUCUUGAAGAAUGCACCGGGUCUCAUCACUGCCAACGCCCAGAGAGGUGCCACCGUCCUGGUGCCGACAAACGAAGCCCUCGAGGCGUACGUGAAGCAGAACAAUGCCACCAACAUAUCCCAGUUGCCGAUCAAGAAGCUUUCGAGCAUCUUCCAGUACCAUACCCUAGACGCUGCUCUCACCUCGGCAAAUUUCAGCGUCCCAAAGGGUCUCACGGUUCCGACGAAGCUCACAGACAAGGCUAAUAACCUGCGAAGCCCCGGCCCCGCCUUGCUCCGCCAGUUCGGCGCGGAAGCUACCGGCCAGGUGCUUUACAUCUCCAAGGAUACCAGUGCCAGCGCCUCCAAAUUCCGGGUCAGACAGGGGACUUCGGGUGAAAAGUCGGAGCUGCAGGCUGGCUUGGGCCAGACGGGGGAGCUGACUGGGAUCGAUGGGGUGUGGGACGGCGGCUAUUUCCAAGUCGUCAACACUGUUCUAGAGGCGCCAGACGUGUGCUCCACGACGAUCAAGAAACUCUCCGACACACUCUCUGGCCUCGACGCGGCGCUGCGAAAGGUCAGCUUGUGGAAAGAACUCGACAAGACACCCAACGUCACCUGUCUGGGUCCUAGCACCGACGCCUUCAAUGCGGCGGGCAAUCCGGAGAAAACUCUCAACAACACCGCUCUCACGAAUGCAUUGCUCUUCCACACUCUUCCCGAGGUGGCAUACAGCAACUUCCUGACCGACGGCAUGAAGUUUACCAGUCUCCAAAACGCCACAGUUACGGUCACGGUGAAGGAUAAUCAGAUCUGGUUCAACGACGCCAAGGUCAUCCAGCCCAAUGUCUUAACAAACAACGGCCUCAUUCAUGUGCUUGACCGCGUCAUGUCUGCUGAAGGUGUGCCAGACACUUCUUCUUCGCCGUCCUCCACGUCUGGUUCGUCGCCAUCAGGCACCGCUGGUCCUACCUCGACCAGCACGCCAGGCAAUUUGGGAACCACCCUAUCUGGCAAUCUGCAUGUGGCGGGUAUUAUCGCGUUUGCUGCUGUCAUCUUGCUUAUAUAG